AAAGCACUCGACGCGUGAAUAUUUGGCCUGUAGCCGAUGCAUUUAAAUCAAAGCAGUUUAACAUUUUAGUCGAUGGUGAGAUAUUAGCUUUCGGCGUUGCCUCAAUGUGUUCGAGACUCGCUUGAAAAAGAUGACUUCUGUUUUGUUAUGUACCUGACCAAUGCGGUUUUACACCAUGUCGAGAAAACGGGCAAUUCUUUUGUUAUUAUUUAGAUGUUUAUUUUAUCUUCACUCUGUAAUUGGGUUAAGCAACACUACUUUUUCAAGUUUGGCGAUUUCAGUUAAAAACACAACAAUGGAAAAAUCGAAUAACCCAUUGAAAGUAAAUAACGGCGGAAGACGCAACUACAGUCAUUGGAAAAGCCGACAUGUUGUCAAGCUGGUGAAUGUAGGAAAACGUUCUAAUUUUACCAGCAUUUCCGCAGCUUUAAGAGCUAACAAGAGAGCAGAGGAUACCCUGGAGGAUACUGUACUACGUUCAGCAUUUCAAACCAGAAAGUUAAAAGAACAACUUCAAAGGAGACAGGUAAGUUUGAUUGUACUUGUUUCACAUCAUAGAGAUGGGGCUGCUUGGAACGGUGGUAUAACCUGAAUGCAAGAGUAAGAGAAGUAUCUAUUCUAUUGCUAUAGGAAAGGGGAGCGUGGCUUUGUUGAUUGCAGGGUGUGUGUUUAAAUACCCUGCUUUCAGAGACCUCUUUUCUUUUACAAGCAAAAUUAUCGAUAUGUCCUGGAUUCCAAACCCAAAACUCGGUAAAAUCAGGUAAAAUGAGGCGAAUCAACAACACUCUUAAGUGCUUCAUGUCACUGAGACCUGGAUAAGCUCUAACCUUAUAAAUAUGUGGGUCUCUUUACCCGUGAAGUUAGGCUCAGACGUUUUAUUUUUAGACCUAGACCGCUGAACUGUGUGCAUGUAUCUGCAGAUGAUAGCCCCAGGGUAUUACCAAGCUGAGUGUUCCGAAAAGAAGCCCUGUAAAGAAGGAAUGUACUGUAAUGUACUGUACUGCGAGAAAUGUCACAAACUCAACGUGGCCUGCAACGCUAAUGAGCAGUGCUGUGAAGGAAUGGUCUGCACUUUUGGGAGGUGCGAGAAAAAGUCCAAAGGAGAUCCAGGUAGCGUAAAUAUUUAGCUUAAAGCCUUAAAAGGGGAAUUAGAGUUACAUACGUUUGUCAACGAUGACUGUCAUGACUGGACCGGCAAACGAUUACAGCUAGUACUGAUCACCUGACCAAGGUUUUCCCUUUUCUGUUCAUAUAGAAAAACUAGUAGUUUCUUGUCAGUUGCAUUAGAAAUUAUUUAUAACAAGAACGCGCUUACAGGCGGCGUCAGUCUUGCUUGCUUGGAGAUUACAUUGAGAAAUGAGGAGGCGAUUAAUUCUACGCAAAACAUGAUUAACUCGCUAAAGGUUUUUUACUUCCUACUUUAUCGACGUCGAUACUUUUUACUUGUUUCUGAAUUGAUUUAGUACGUGUGUUAGCGACGAUCGGAAAUACGUCUACCGUCGCAGGCUGUACGCGUUUUUAAAUACACGAAAAUUCAAGGGCCUCGAUUCCAGAGAAAUAACAUCAUUGCCAGAGAUCAAAAAGUGAUUUACAUGGACGUACAAUAAAUCGCAUGCUCAUCACAAAAACCAUUUGCAUACAAUGAAAGUUUACAACACCCGACCAUCGCAGUUUUGCUAAUUAAGAUUCUUAUUUUUUUUUUCCGACCACUCAGUAGUGUUCACUUGUUCCAAAGUAAUCAACGCUUUCAAGCGAUAGAAUUUGUGGACCGACACGUUUCGGAAAAGCUCUAAAUUUAAUCUUUUCUAAGCUUUCUUCGCAAAACAUGCGAUCACGCAACGAUUCCUAGUCCCACUUUCGACGGUCUCCGCAAGGAACGCCUGGUACAAUGACCCCCCAUUUGUAUAUCAAAAUACGACGAAAAACCCCAGCUAGAUACUUCCAGAAAAAUUGGGUGGGGAUGAACGGCAUGCUUCCUGAAACCCUUACCCUAAUUUCAGACCAAAAUCGGUGAUUUUGCCUACCCUAUUUCAGACCUGAAGCCCUGGAGCCCGGCUCGUGACCGAAGCGCGUGACAAGCUGUUACGGCAGGUACACGGUUGGCGUAAACAUCAAAAGGGAAAUGGUCUUAUCGCCAAAUGAUGAAGAAGAAGCUUCAUCUAAAAAACAUAUUCAAUUCAAGACUAGAGUGCACAAACCAUACCCUAUUUCAGACCAAAACGGAUAAAAAAGCCAUACCCUUUGGCGACGCACAUACCUAUAUAGCCUAUAUAAGGGAAGUAAACCCCCCCCCCCCCCCCCCCUGGGCGAAAAACGAGUUGCUUACGCAAGCGAGACUAGUUAUUUGAAUCUGACGUUUGCCGAUGUCGUUAACAUCAGUGGAGUGAUUCUAAAUCUCUCUACUCACUCAGCAACAAAGAAUUAAAAGUAUUGGACUUAACUGAAAGAAAAAAAGGACAGAUUGCGGUUAUUCAAUUCUCGUCGAACGUGACAGGACUUUCAAAACGGGAGUCUACAACUUUUAAGCGUCAGUCUUUUUCUCAUCUGUUCGUUCGAAGCAAUUAAAGAGUGCCUAAUAUAAUUAAACUUUGACAAUUCCACUAGCUGCAUAAAGCACUCAUUUUUUACCCAACAAGCCAACAUGUUUCAGCUGACUGACUCUCAAUUCUCCUGGUUCUCGUGUAACGGAACCAGGUUUUAUUAUAAGCUGCCGCUGGUCGUUUUUCAGCCAUUAAUAUCGCCAGCCGAUUAAGGGUCCAGCGAUCGGAUGUCUGAUCUCCUUCGUCCAAGUUUAAAUUAAUGCAAUCAAAAGAUGUUAAGGAAAUCACUGAAUAAUUGUCUACAGUCAACUAACAUUAAAUUCAGGCUAUUCACCUCAAGACGGACCGGACUUCUCACUUUAAUAGGCUCCAAGAAUCAUAAAGAGCUGGUCGGGUCUUGUGGUUAUUCAGUAUUUUUCUUUGUUUCUUCUUCUUGUUCUUGUUCUUGUUGUUCUUCUUUUCUUUCUCUCUCUCUCUCUCUCUCUCUCUCUCUCUCUCUCUCUCUCUCUCUCUCUCUCUCUCUCUCUCUCUCUCUCUCUCUCUCUCUCUCUCUCUUGUUUUUUCGCUGCCUGCUAAGGUGGUAGUCUAAGAUUGACAAUGAGUUACAAACGAAACUUUAAUUUGCGUUUGUGCGUACGUUUAAAUAUUUAUUGUGUUUUGAAACUGCUUAUUUCAGGCACAUUCUGCGAAAAGGAUAGCGAUUGUAAUGAUGCUUGUUGUGUGCUGGAGCCAACCAUAAACUCUCAUCUUCCAAUAUGUAAGCCAACACUGGGUGAAUAUCAUCAAUGUGCCGCCAUUUUGUAUCGAAAGAUCUGGGUCGGAGACAAGCCAGACUGCGGACCGUGUAAGCCUGGCCUCGAAUGCGUCCAGAAAGGGUCGGUAAUUCAAAACAGUAUGUAAAAACCCCCAGUAAGAACCUGGCGGGUUUUUAAGAACCUAUUAGGCUAAAAUUUGCUAUUUACGCCCCCUCUACAAAAGAACCUGUUUAGCUUUUUGAAACAGGUUCUUGUUUUCUAAAAUCUAUAAAAAAAUUCUGUACACUUGGUCAAAUAAGAUAAGUCAACAUUUAGAAUCCCCUUUGCCGAGAAUAAGCUGAAUACCACUAAAUACCCUUAGAAACAAUGUAUUUUUUCUUCAGAGCAUAAGAACCUAUUUAAGGACCUAAAUAGCUUAAUUAAAUUUGUGGUACUUACCAUUUAUGUAAGAACAUGUGCGGGCUAUUACUUGGGAAAAUGCAGGAAAACUCGCGGGUUUUUACCAACGAGGUACCAUCGAUGUUUCAAAUUUAUACAUAAAACGUUACACUGAUAAUAAAAAGACAGUUCUUACCUGGCUAUAGCAGAUUAGGCUAGAUAGAUAGAUUGGUAGAUUGAUAGUUUUUUUAGGCUUUAAAAGCAUAUGGCAAUUAAUUUUUGAUAAGUUUAUUUUUGGAAAUUUGUGUGAGUGUGAAGCACCAGACAAAGUACACGUACCAUAAGGUUUUCGAGUGUGAAAGAGGCCGGCUCUAUUCAAAAACCUUCCAACUCCCUCUCCAGUGCCGGACACUAGUACUCAUGAGGCAGGUAUCGGUCACACUCAGCUUUUUUAGAGCUUAUUUUAAUAACCACAAAAAACCUCAAGUCAGUAUCCAAUGCGUCCGUAAAGAGAAAAAGUCUACCUCAAGGCCCCUCGAUUUGAACCAAGAAACGAUCUUUGAAAAAAAGGGUCUCAAGAUUCCUUUCCCUCGACUAAGUCAGUGUGCUUUUAAAAGAAUUCAUUUCUGUGAUUUACAUUCUUUUUCACCAGCAUUUUUGGCAGCCAUGAGGUUUGUAUCAAACCGGAGUGAAAUAGACAAGAGCAAUCAAUCAUCAAGCUACAGGUCUUCAAAUGAUUUACAAGUUCCUCUUCUAAUAACUUCACAUUAUACGGCUUCCCGACGAGUUUCUAGAAGGAAAAAUGUCAGCCUUAA